AUGUCAGCCAACGGAGAACUGCAGCGAGAGGGUACAGAUUACACUGGUCAAGUGAACGAUUCCGACGUGGAGAAAUCCGUCUUGAGCGGAGAUCAUCUCCUUAAUACGACCGUGUCCAGCAUCUCCUGGCGAGAUGUGGCGGUGAUGGUCAAGCACAAGGAAACAGGUGAACCCCUUCGGAUCGUGGACAAUGUCGAGGGAAUUGUGGAAGCCGGGGAGAUGUGUGCUUUGAUGGGUCCUUCGGGGUGUGGAAAAACGACUCUGUUGAAUGUUCUUGCACAUCGCCCGACAAAUGCACGCGAAGUGAAUGGGUCGGUUCUGAUUAACGGCUCACCCGUCUCGAGGGCUACGAUUCGAGAGAUGAGUUGUUUUGUUGAACAGGAAGACGCUCUUAUUGGGUCACUAACGGUCGAAGAAACUUUGGAUUUCGCUGCUUGCCUCUCCGUCAGCACCAGGACACUCUCGGCCAAGGACCGUAUCUCGCGUGUCCGUGGCUUAAUCAAGGCGUUCGGCCUGCAAAAGCAAGCCAACACUCUGAUCGGGACGCCGAUCCGGAAGGGAGUGAGCGGGGGCCAGAAGCGUCGCGUCGGCGUGGCGAGCCAGCUCAUCGCCAGUCCCACGAUCCUGUUCCUCGACGAGCCCACCAGCGGUCUCGACUCCACUGCUAGCUGGGAGGUCAUGAGCCUCCUUGGCGCCGCCGCCAAGCAGAACAAUCUCAUUAUCAUUGCCAGCAUCCACCAACCGUCGACGUCGACGUUCAACCUGUUCGACAAGGUCAUGUUGCUCUCUGGUGGCAAGACGCACUUCUUUGGCCCCGUCACCGCCGUUGAGGGCCACUAUCAUGCUGUCGGUCAUGCCAUCCCACAGCACACCAAUGUUGCCGAAUUCAUGUUGGAGCUGGUAAACACCGAUUUUGUCGCCUACCGCGGCCCUGCCCAGAAGCACAUCGACUAUUUGCAGUGGGCGUGGGGAGCUUCAUCGCAUCGUCGUCAUGUCCAAGCCGCUAUUGCCGAAGCUGAGUCACAAGCACAUAGAGUAACAGACAGUCGAAACCGUGCCCCGUCAGGGACGAAACCCAGCUCCUUGAGUACGAUCCUGACAUUACUUCAUCGGUCUUUCAUCAAAAGCUACCGGGACGUCAUCGCAUACACUAUUCGGAUCGCCAUGUAUUUGGGCCUCGGCGUCAUGAUAGGUACGGUGUGGUUGCGGUUGAAGCCGGAGCAGUCAUCCAUCCAGCCUUACAUCAACGGACUGUUCUUCGGAUCUGCCUUCAUGUCUUUUAUGGCCGUAGCGUACGUUCCGGCCUUUCUCGAGGACAGGCUUCAAUACGUCAAGGAAUACCACAACGGCCUGUACGGCGCCACUGCGCUCGUCGUCUCCAACUUCAUCAUCGGCAUCCCGUACCUCUACAUACCAGUCCUCAUAGCCCUCCUCUUCUCCGUCGUCUCAUACUUUCUCGUCAACUUCCACCCUGGCUUCCACGCCUUUUCCGUCUACCUAAUGUGGCUUUUCCUUGACCUGCUAGCAGCCGAGUCGCUUGUCGUCUUCUUCUCGUCCCUAUUUCCCUCGUUCGUUGUGGCGCUUGCGCUCGUUGCGCUGGCCAACGGCCUCUGGAUGAGCACCAGCGGCUUCCUCGUCACGCCUGGCGUCCUCAACGUCUUCUAUAAGUACGCUUUUCACUACUGGGACUACCAAAAGUGGGUCUUUGAGGGCAUGAUGGUCAACGAGUUUAGUGAACGGGUCUAUGCCUGCCCCGUCAUCGCCGGACAGUGCGCCUGCAUGUACCGCACCGACCUCAUGGAUCUGUGUAUGAUCCGCGGCCAGGGUGUCCUGGACCAGUACGGCUUCGAACCGGGAAAUAUGUGGCGCAAUGUGGGCAUCGUGCUGACCAUCGUAGCUGGCUACCGCAUUGCUGCUUGGAUUGUGUUGAGUCUGAGGAGAUAA